UAGUCAUGUGACCGCCCACCUUGGUCAUAUGACGCGCCUCGCUAGCUGGAUGAAGUUUGUAUAGCGGCAUUUCCGCCUGUUUUUCUCAGUCUAUUUGCGCUUAAUUCGACUCAUUUCGCAACUCGUGUGAUGUCUGAACUUUAAUGUUGACUUUUUUGGAUUAAUGAGGAAGGUUUCAGGACGCGGAGCUAACAUGGAAACAGGAAGCCGGCUCGCUGCCCUGUCGCUGCUGCUCUCUGCUGUGUUGCCUCUCUGCGUGUGCACCGCUACAGUCAACUCCGACCAGAUUGACCCUCUGGUGUACGAGGAGCAGCUGCUGUGGGUGAGCGGAGCCCAGGGGGAGGUGGACACCUACAGGAUCCCGCUGCUCACCUUCACCCCAAAAGGAAGCCUGCUAGCUUUCGCAGAAGGCAGGAAGUCGUCGUCCAGCGACGUGGGAGCAAAGUUCAUCGCGAUGCGGCGAUCUACGGAUAAAGGAGCCACCUGGUCCCCGACCUCCUUUAUCCUCGAUGAUGGAACCCACCCGGAUGGCCUGAACUUGGGCUCCGUGGUGGUGGACGAGGAGGAGGGCUCAGUGAUCCUGAUCCUCUCCUUCUGCUUCCACCUGGCCAUCUGCCAGCCAUCCAGCACCAUGAUGGUGGAGACCAGGGACGACGGCCUCAGCUGGAGCCAGCCCAGAAACCUCUCGGUCCAGCUUGGAGUGAAAAACUUUGCUCCCGGGCCGGGCUUCGGCAUCCAGAAGCGCUACCCGCCAGCUAAGGGGAGGUUGGUGGUGUGUGGUCACGGUACACUGGAGGGAGACGGCGUUUUCUGCAUCCUGAGCGAUGACCACGGACGCAACUGGUACAACGGUGCUGCGCUGAAAAGCAUCCCCUACAAUCAGAAGAAGAGACCACAGGACUUCAACCCCGACGAGUGCCAGCCGGUUGAGAUGGAGGAUGGCAGCAUCGUCAUCAACGUGAGGAACCAGAACAACUACCACUGUCGGUGUCGUGUGGUGGUCCGCAGCACUGACGGUGGGUUGACCCUGCCCAUAGACAAUCUGUACUUUGACUACACGCUGGUGGAUCCUGCUGUAGCGGCUGGAGCUCUGCAGAAGGAUGGAGUGCUCUACUUCACCAACCCCGCCAACGACCAACACAGAGUGAACCUGACAUUACGUUGGUCGGUGACGGAUGGCAAAACGUGGGAGAGUAAAGCCGUGCAGAUUUGGCCGGGGCCAAGCGGCUACUCCGUCAUCACAUCACUGAACAGCGGUUCUCCAGAGGACAGGAAGUACAUCUUCGUCAUGUACGAGAAGGGCCACAAGAACUACGACGAGACCAUCUCGUUCACCAAAAUCCACCUGUAUGGAGGCCGGUAGAGCCCAAGAGAGGAGAUUCAGAUGUUGGAGGGAAAAGGGAAACACGAAGAUGUCGAUUACUCCCACGACUUUCUCAGGAUGAAAAUAAGACUUUCUAAACUCACUCCACAAUAUUAAAUAUGCAAGUAUUAGGCUUAGUGCCAUGAUUUUCAAACAGUUUCAGACUAAUAUCUCUUCAUUCUGACUCUGUCUUGUCUAAAAUUCCACAGUUGAUUUAAGUCUCACUUUUCAGUGUUUGGAUUUUUACAAAGUGUUGCUAAUGCGCACAGCCACAAUAUUUUUCCCGCUUCCUCAGCAAAAUACAAAUAUGACCAGGCAAGAGACAGAUUUAGCAAAAAUGAAUGCUGAUGAUUAAAUUUCAGACCACGUUCACUGCUUUUACCAAAUGCAUAUCAUGUUAAUGCAGUGUAGACUUUAGGCACCUCUGACAUCGAUCAUCUAUCGCUAAUACAUCUCACAAACCAUCUGAUUCACUGCUGCCGUGAAAUUAUUCCUAUUCGCUCAGAUGUUUAUUGUUUUUAUGAAGAUGCGAGUGUGCCAUGAAUACACACAGAGUGAAAUAGAUAAAAAAAAACAGAUUUAUCUCAAAUUUAAAUGUGAUGUGAAUUGCCUUUUUGUUAAGAGACUGCACUUGAAUGUUAUUUCCAGCUGAGUGGUUUUGGGAAAACAACAGCUCGAAUUUAAAAAAAUUACUGUGUGUGUGUGUGUGACUGAAUGUGAGAGUGGCGAGAGUAAGUACAUAAUGUAGCCCCCUCUUUUGUACUUGUACUACAAAUGUGCUCAAUCAAUCUGAACUCCACUCCAUUUAGAUUUGGAUGUUUUAUUUUGAAAUCAAGAGUCCAUUUAUGCCCUGUAUUUGCAGCAUUUUGCACAGGGUCACCUUGUUAUCCUGCAGGACAUUAACUACUGCCACUAUCUGUUGAAUAAAUACAUGAUUUCUAACAAU